UGACAUUGACAAGACAGUGGUGUUGAGAAAUCAAAUCUGAGUUUUGUUUUGAAUUUUUUGAAAAUUUAUUGAUAAAUAAUAAACAUCAUAAAAAUACAAAAUGAAUGUGGUACAGGCUGUUAAAAUGUAUAUAACUAAAAUGACUGAGGAGAGUGGACCUGGAAUGAAAGUAAUACUAAUGGAUAAAGAGACUACAAGUAUAGUCAGCAUGGUUUUCAGCCAAUCAGAGAUCCUGCAAAAGGAGGUGUAUCUGUUUGAAAGAAUAGACAGCCACGCCAAGUGGGACAAUCUGAAGCAUAUGAAGUGUAUUGUGUUUGUGCGCCCCACCUCUGAGAACAUUGCAUUGCUCUCCAGAGAGCUGCGCUGUCCCAAAUAUGGAGUUUAUUUUAUUUAUUUCAGCAAUGUAGUGUCCAAGGCAGACAUCAAGACACUGGCGGAGUGCGACGAGCAGGAGACAGUGCGCGAGGUGCAGGAGGUGUUUGCAGACUACCUCGCAGUGGACAGACAUCUGUUCUCCUUCAACAUAAUUGGCUGUUUGCAUGGUCGUUCAUGGAACCAACAGCACCUGCAGCGAUGCUCGCAAGGGCUCCUCGCGUUGCUCCUGUCGCUCAAGCGCCGCCCCGUCAUCCGCUACGAGGCCGGCUCCGAGGUGAGCGCGCGCCUCGCCGACCGCGUGCGCGAGCUGGUGCGGAGGGAGGCGGUGCUCAUGGACAACAACAUACCGUUCAACGGGGACGUGCCGCCGCCGCAGCUGUUGAUACUGGACAGGAGGGAUGAUCCUGUCACGCCUUUGCUGAGUCAGUGGACCUACCAGGCGAUGGUGCACGAGCUGCUGACCAUCAACAACAACCGCGUGAGUCUGGCGCACGUGCCCGACGUGCACAAGGACUUCAAGGAGGUUGUGCUCUCUGCGGAACAGGACGAGUUCUAUGCCAAGAACCUGUACUCAAACUUUGGUGAAAUCGGUCAAACGAUGAAGUCGCUGAUGGACGAGUUCCAGAAGAAGGCCAAGAGUCACCAGAAAGUGGAAAGCAUCGCCGACAUGAAGAACUUUGUCGAAACCUACCCUCUGUUUAAGAAAAUGUCGGGCACCGUGACGAAACACAUUACGGUGGUGGGCGAGCUGUCGAGCUGCGUGGCGCGCCGCCACCUCAUGGAAGUGUCCGAGCUGGAGCAGGAGCUGGUCUGCCACUCCGACCACGGCAAGCAGCAGCAGCGACUAAAAGCCAUGCUGGCCAACGAGUCGCUGCGCGCGGAGGACGUGACGCGGCUGGUGGCGCUGUACGGGCUGCGCUACGAGAAGCACGCCGGCAACGUGCUGCCCGCGCUCGUGGACACGCUGCGCAAGCGCGCGCCCGACUGUGCGGCGCUGCCGGUGCUGUUGCUGGAGUACGGCGGCGCGCACGCGCGGCAGAGCGACCUGUUCGGCCUGCAGGACGCCGACAAGAUCACCAAGAGACUGUUCCGGGGGCUGAGCGGUGUGGAGAACAUCUACACGCAACACACGCCGCUCCUCAAGGACACGCUCGAAGACCUGAUCAAGGGCAAACUGCGAGAGAACCUCUACCCCAUCUGCGGUGGCGACGACCUCUCCGCCGGCAGACGGCCCCAGGACGUCAUCGUGUUCAUAGUGGGUGGCGCCACCUAUGAGGAGUCCCUCUGCGUGCGGCAGAUCAACCAGGCGAACCCUGGGGUCAGGGUGGUGCUGGGCGGCACCAAUAUACACAACUCCACGUCUUUCUUGGAGGAAGUCAAAUCCGCUAUGCAGGGCGUGCAUAGGACGCAUACGCGGCAUAUCCGCAACAUAUAAAUUACUCCUUUGUCUUGAUGAAGAAGUUCUUGGAAGACAGAUUGCCUUUUUGGAUGUACUAAGCUGACAGAACUAGCACUUGUGUGUGUAACACAACAAACAAAUAUAUUUCGAGUGACACAGAAGUGACAUUAAAACCCGUUUACCAAAAAACCGUUGCUGUUGUUCCUUCUAUACUCAGCAACGCGCCUGUUAUAUUUGUCUGUAUUCCUCACUACUAGGUAUAUACAAAACCAAAUUGUCUUCAAAAACUAGAAAUACUAUAGUAUUGUAGGAAUGUGGUAUGGUAUGCCCGUUCCCAGAUUUAUUCAUGAGGAAGUAAGGAGUAUAGAAGCAAGUGAUUAUAUGGAUCGGUUUCAAUACCUUUUGAUAAGUUGGAUUCACUAUCUAUAUUUUUAUCACGUUCUUAUUCACAACUUUUGUAUUUGUCAUUUGAUAUUAUUUUAAAGUAUCUUUCAUUGACAAUUACGGUUAGUCUAUUUGACACGUAUCAGUUGGGGACACUGGUCCCUAAUGUAUUCAAUUACUUAUAGUCGGAUGCAAUAUUUAUGACGUCUCCGAAAUAAGGUGCGGGUUAUUCUACGCGCGACUUCCGGUGGGUGGGAGGCGCAUGCGGGGUGAUGCCCAGCCGCUGCGCCCCUACUUAACCGUUGAUACCUAAAAUAUUCUAUUGCGCAGCUGAGCACACGAUGUUCGAAAACGUCAAGACUGCAUCGGACUAUAAUGUAUAGUAAUCUUACCUGAAUACAUUUAUAUUUAUCGCCAAACUAAGUCGUAUUAGUAUGUCCCAAUAAACGCAAAGCUAGAUUUUGGCGCUAUAUAAACAUAUUAAUUACCCUAGUGGUAGGUAUCCACUUUAUUCCUGAUUAUGAAUAUCUAGUUUAAGCAAAUGUUCCUGUGAUGUCCUUGUAUAUUAUAAUUACGUUAAGCUAUAAGUUAUGGUAAUUUAUUAUUUAUAAAUAAAUCAUUGAUUAAAUGAAA